AUGGCCUUUGAGUUUAUUGCUGUCACAAGGUGCAAGAAGAGGGAAGGGAGACUAAGGACGUUGGAGUAUGCGCCUUCGGGGUUAGAGCAAGCCCCCGCAAAAUCUCGGUUUCCCUGCCCCAUAGGGAAGAGCUCACCCGGCAAACAGGACCACAAGCUGCCAGACCUUCCGCGAUGCCCCGGCGGCAGGAGAUAUGGGUUUUCCGCACAGGGGCGGGGGGAAGGGGCGGAGCCGUGUCCGCGCGGGCGCCGGGGCGGGGCGGACUCGCCGGGCGGUGGAGCGGAAGGGGCGGGGCCAUGCCCGCGGGGGCGCCUGGGCGGGGCGAAUGGGCUGCGGCUGUCCUACGGCUGGAUGCGGUCGACCGCCGAGGACCGGAGGGUGGAUCCCCGGCCGGAGGCAGGCCUGGAUGGGGGUGGGCGGAGGCUCGGCUCGGACGCUAGCAGGUCUGUGGCGGGUGCCGCAGCGGUGACAAGAGAGCGGCCGAGCUUCUGCGACCCGGGGCGGGGCUCCGCGAUCCAAGUGCCAGGCUCGCCCAGCGAAGCGGGCGGGAGGCUCGGGACCGUGGCCAGGGCCGGCAUGGAGCGGUGGCGCGACCGGCUGGCGCUGGUGACGGGAGCUUCGGGGGGCAUCGGCGCGGCCGUGGCCCGGGCUCUAGUCCAGCAGGGACUGAAGGUGGUGGGUUGUGCCCGUACCGUGGGCAACAUCGAGGAGCUGGCUGCUGAAUGUAAGAGUGCAGGCUACCCCGGGACUUUGAUCCCCUACAGAUGCGACCUGUCAAGUGAGGAGGACAUUCUCUCCAUGUUCUCGGCUGUCCGUUCUCAGUACAGUGGUGUGGACAUCUGCAUCAACAACGCUGGCUUGGCCCGGCCUGACACCCUGCUGUCAGGUAGCACCCGCGGUUGGAAGGACAUGUUCAGUGUGAACGUGCUGGCCCUCAGCAUCUGCACACGGGAAGCCUACCAGUCCAUGAAGGAGCGGAAUGUGGACGAUGGGCACAUCAUUAACAUCAAUAGCAUGUCUGGCCACCGAGUGUUACCCCAGUCCGUGACUCAUUUCUAUAGUGCCACCAAGUAUGCCGUCACUGCACUGACAGAGGGACUAAGGCAAGAGCUUCGGGAGGCCCAGACCCACAUCCGAGCCACGUGCAUCUCUCCAGGUGUAGUGGAGACACAGUUCGCCUUCAAACUCCAUGACAAGGACCCUGAGAUGGCAGCUGCCACCUAUGAACACAUGAAGUGUCUCAAACCUGAGGAUGUGGCCGAGGCUGUCAUCUAUGUCCUCAGCACCCCACCACAUGUCCAGAUCGGAGACAUCCAGAUGAGGCCCACGGAGCAGGUGACCUAGUGAUUUAUGGGAGCUCCUUUCCUCCCCACCCCUUACCGUGUGGCUCCUGCCUCUGGAUUUUAGGUGUUGAUUUCUGGACCCCUGGAUAUCAUUUCCUGUCUCCACCCUUGCCAGGGGCUAGAAAAUUUGAGAUUUUUAUAUCCUCUUGUCAAAUUGUUUCUGUUGCAAAUGCAAAAAAUGAGCUGAGGAAAGGAAGAUGUGUCCCGAUUGUUUUACUUGUUAACUUGUUCUUGGUCUCCCUUUCUUGAGCUCUUGGGGCCUUUGUCUGCUCUUCUUGGUCUCUUCCCUUUGACCUGAGAAAAGGGUUGUGGCCCAAAGGAAGAGCUUCUCCCAUCUUCUUGCACUCCGAUCUCUGCCCCUCAGGGUUAGGGUGCCAGAGAGAGGCCCUCUCCUUAUGAGCGAAUAGUUAAUCCAGGGCUCCAUGCUCCCGUCUCUUCCUGCCCUACUGCCCCCCCAUCCCAGGUCUUCAGCCCAAUUUUGGCUUUUAAGCCCCUGGUGGGGUCACCACCACUCAGACCACAGCAGCAGAAUACCAGGGCCUGGCCCAGUGGGUUUCACAGUGAUAAUUAAAAAAGAAAA